AUGACAACACGAAAGCACAACGAUUUCCUGGACAUCGCUGCCAGCGACGAUGAAGAUGUCGAUCGCGGCUACGAUUCCGAAGAGAAGGCGACAGAGAGCAAAGGCCGAGCCGUUAAGCGGAGAAAGCAAGCGGCAGACACCAAGGAUUUCUUUGGCUUAGAGUCUGACGAAGAUUCAGAAGGCGAGCAGUCGGAAGAGGAAGAAUCGCGAGUGAAGGGCAAGGCGCGUGCGCAACCUAAGGCGACGAAAUCUUCUGCGGAUGUGGAUGCCGAAGAGGCUGAAGAGGGAGGCGACGAUCUUGACGAGGACGAGGAAGAAAGCGCAUACCUUGAUACUUCUACGAUAAAAUCGAAAAACAAGACUCUGAAGCCCCUCAAGCCGAAAAAGAAGCAGAAGCUCGGAGUGGUAUACUUGUCCUCUCUCCCUCCAUACCUGCGGCCGAUGGCGCUCAAAUCGAUUCUUGAGAAGCGCGGUUUCCCUCUCACCAAGGUCUUCCUGUCGAAGCAGGUCAACGACAAGUAUAAAAAAUCCAAUAAGAGACAACUGUAUACAGAGGGCUGGGUCGAGUUGCGGAAGAAGGACGCCAAGAUUAUGGCGGAAACACUCAAUGCUAUGACAAUUGGUGGUCUCGGCUACUACCGUGAUGACCUGUUCAACAUGAAAUACCUCUCUGGUUUCCGCUGGGACGAUCUGACCGACCAAAUAAACCGCGAGAGAGCGGAGAGAGAAUCGAAACGCCGGGUUGAGGAUGCAAGGGCUCACAAGGAAGAGAAGAUGUUCUUGGCUGGUGUCGAGUCUGGGCGGGUUGCUGAUGGUAUGGCGAAGAAGAACGAGGAGAAGAGGAAGCGCAAGUUGGAGGAGGCUGGUAAGGAUGCCGAGCCUGUUGCUCCGAAGAAACAGAUUGUGCGGAGACGAUUCGUACAAAAUGAUGUUGUGAAGCCAAAGCAGGAGUCUGCUGUUGGAGACGAGACGAAGCGGGUGCUUGGAAAGAUUUUCUGA